CAGCGGGACCAUGGCGCGGAGACCCGGGGCGCCGGCCGCCUACGGGGAGGAGUUCACCUUCGUCAGCCCGCUGGUGAAAUACCUACUCUUCUUCUUCAACAUGCUCUUCUGGGAUCCCAUCCAAGAUACAUUUCAUUUAAUUGUCGUGUCUCCUUAAGUUCCUGUUGGCUGUGACAGCUUCUCAGGCUGUCCUUGUUUUUGAUGACCUGGAGAGUUCUGAGGAGUGUGGGUCAGGUGAUUUCCAUGGUGAUGGUGGCAGUGGGAGUCUACGCCCGACUGAUGAAGCACGCAGAAGCAGCCUUGGCCUGCCUGGCAGUGGACCCUGCCAUCCUGCUCAUUGUGGUGGGGGUCCUCAUGUUCCUCCUGACCUUCUGUGGCUGCAUCGGAUCCCUCCGUGAGAACAUCUGCCUCCUGCAGACGUUCUCCCUCUGCCUCACCGUGGUGUUCCUGCUCCAGCUGGCUGCUGGGGUCCUGGGCUUCGUCUUCUCAGACAAGGCUCGGGGGAAGGUGAGUGAAAUCAUCAACAAUGCCAUUGUACACUACCGAGAUGAUUUGGAUCUGCAGAAUCUCAUUGAUUUUGGCCAAAAGAAGUUCAGCUGCUGUGGAGGUAUUUCCUACAAGGACUGGUCCCUGAACAUGUACUUCAACUGCUCAGAAGACAACCCCAGCCGUGAGCGCUGCUCUGUGCCUUACUCCUGCUGCUUGCCAACCCCCAACCAGGCAGUGAUCAACACUAUGUGUGGCCAAGGCAUGCAGGCCCUUGACUACCUGGAAGCCAGCAAAGUCAUCUAUACCAACGGCUGCAUUGACAAGUUGGUCAACUGGAUACACAGCAACCUAUUCUUACUUGGUGGUGUGGCUCUGGGCCUGGCCAUCCCUCAGCUGGUGGGCAUCCUCCUGUCCCAGAUCCUUGUGAAUCAGAUCAAAGACCAGAUCAAGCUACAGCUCUACAACCAGCAGCACCGGGCUGACCCAUGGUACUGAGACUCCAUCUUGCACUCCUCGCCAUGGCGACAGGCAAGCCCCAUGCACCAACAGCAGUGGACGCUGAGAACAGCACCAAAUGGAGAUUUGGAUGCCAGCCUCAGUCCCAGCCCCAGCCCAGUGGGAAGAGGCUAACUCCAGAUGGGCAGAAGGCAGGGUGCACAGGUGGCUCGAGUCUCAGAAGGAUGUGCCUCCUCUCCCCCAUCCCGGCCCUCAGCAUCGUUAGAGUUUUUGUAUCGCUUCUAACCUUAAGCAUUUGGGUUUGUGUUUUUUUAGUUUUGUUUGGGCAGAGAUGUUUGGGAAACAGCAGUUGCACAGAGAGCUGUGGGUGUUGGAGCUGCUGCCUUUUCACCAAGGCCCUAGAACCGGCAGCUCCGUUAAGGGCCGCUACUGAGCUUGGUGGACGUGCGUAGAUCUGACCGUUGCCAGUGAGACCUGGCUGUGGAGAGGAGACACCAGCGGCCCUGCCUGACGUCCAGUUGGCAUGAUACCAGCUCCAGAAGGGAAGGGAGUGGAGCAACAGCGGAGAGUGAGCAUGAGGGUCGGCCGGGGACAGCCUAAAUGUUGGAUAGGCGUGGAAUGGGAUUAUUUACCAAACGCCUGCCCUGCCAUCCUCCCAGGUAGUCAGUGAGCUACAUCCUGCCCCUCCUUCAUUUCCAUGGAAACGUGGCAGCACAGGCAAGGGGUACAACAGCAGCCAAAUUCAUCUACACCCCACCCCCUCCGAAAAAUGUGGCAACCAUAGUCCUUACACUCUGCAGUCGCAGAAGUGGGACUGCACUAUACGUGUACUCGAACUCCUCCCUGUCUGGCCCUCCCUGUCCAGCAAGUGAAGUUUUCUUUAACUUGGCAGUGUGCAGAGGAAGAGUGGGAACACCCCCACCCCCAGUUCCCCUGCAUCAGAGCUCAGUAUUUCUACAGUGUAAGAAGCAAGAAUCUUGCUGGGGUUGGGGGAGCCAGAAGUGGCAAUAAAAGUUUGUUGACCCGGGCUAA